CGGCUGCGCUCCAUUCAUCUGAGCUGCGCAGGAAUGGAAGAAGUACCCGAACAGAUGUUGACAAUGAUGGGAAUAAAAAAUUAGUAACGUCUAAAUCGGCCGUGCGUGAAGAACACGUAUCAGACGAGUUUGACUUAGAAUCAUCGAGCUAACAUUAUAGGUAAACACAUCGUUGUCAAGCAACGACCGCAGGGUCUAGUGGGCAGCGCCAUGCCAUCUUUCAGCAGACAGGAGUUCUUCCAGGAGCUGGCGGAAGGCUGCAUCUUCCCCACCGCCCAGCAGGGCCUGGAGCAGGUGUGGCAACUGCUGCUCAUCUGCCUACUGUGCCGACUUCUCUGGAGACUGGGUGUCCCGUUAUAUUUGAAGCACCUAAGUACAGUAGCAGGGGGUUUCUACUCCCUCUACCUGUUCUUCCAGCUGCACAUGGUGUGGGUGGUGCUGCUCAGUCUGCUCUGCUACCUCAUCCUCUUCUUGUGCCGUCACUCCAACAACCGGGGCACCUUUCUCUCUGCCACCAUCCUCAUCUACCUGCUUAUGGGAGAGCUGCACAUGAUGGACACUUCCACCUGGCAUAAAAUGAGAGGCUCCCAGAUGGUUGUGGCUAUGAAGGCCAUCUCUUUGGCUUUUGACCUGGACAGGGGCACCGUGCCCACCGUACCAUCACCUGUCGAAUUCAUGGGCUACAUUUACUUUGUGGGAACAGUCAUCUUUGGCCCUUGGGUCAGCUUCAAUAGCUACAAGGAGGCCAUUGAGAGCCGGAAACUGAGCUGGUCCUGGCUGUGGAAGGUGUCUGUAAGCUGGGUCAAGUGUCAGGUGUGCCUGGUUAUCUCCAACUGUAUCGCACCGUACCUCUUCCCCUACUUCAUCCCCAUCUAUGGGGACAAGCUGCUGCGCAACAAAAAGAAACGAAAAAGCAGAAGUACUGUAGCAAGGUGGCUCCAUGCAUAUGAAAAUGCUGUUUCCUUCCACUUCAGUAAUUACUUUGUGAGCUUCCUGAGUGAGACCACCACCACACUGGCUGGAGGAGGGUUCACCGAGGACAAAGACAAUCUAAAAUGGGAUAUGACUGUAGCCAGGCCACUCAACAUUGAAUUACCCAGGUCUAUGGUGGAAGUUGUGACAUCCUGGAACCUGCCCAUGUCUCGAUGGCUGAACACCUAUGUUUUUAAAAGUGCUCUGAAACUAGGAACCUUCCCUGCCAUUCUGGUGACCUACACAGCUAGCGCUCUUUUACAUGGCCUCAGCUUCCACCUAGGGGCUGUACUUCUGUCCCUGGGUUUCAUCACCUACGUGGAGCACGUUCUGCGGAAACGGCUGGCCACCAUUUUCAGCGCUUGUAUUCUUUCAAAACGCUGCCUCCCUGCCUGUACUCACCAGCACAAGAAGAGCCUGUGGGUGUAUAGCAUAAAUGUGGCCUUCAGUGCUUUAGCUGUCUUCCACCUGGCAUACCUGGGCUCCCUGUUCGAUGCUAAUGUGGACAACGCUGAUUCUGAUGAGAGCUACUUGGCCAACCACACCAUUCAGAAGUGGACGGAGCUCAGCUGGGCAAGCCACUGGGUGAUGUUUGGCUGCUGGGUUUUCUACCGUCUCAUUCAGUGAGCAUAGGAGGGGCAUGGGGACCGGGGAAAGCUAUAACCUCUUGUCCCCUGAAGCCAGGCCUGGACAUGAAGCCUAUUGCAAAGGCAAGGCUGGUUGAUGGACCUCCUUUUGGAAUUCUGCCCUCCCCUUCCCUCAUCAUGUCUUUCUCUUUGCCAGUCUCAUGUGCUCAAGACACAGCUUGUCAAUGCUUCUCUCACAACACUUCACAACCACCUUCAGCCCACCCUUCCUUUGUCCUCUAAAGAGAAAAUGUGAUUCAAUCACUAACUCUUCCUCCUUGAUCACACCCUGUUGAUGGAACUGCACCGGUGUACAAACGGUUUGGCACAUAUUGCACUGUGAUUCACAAUCAACACUCAGAAGCAUGGCGGCUGUUAUACCCGUCAUUUGCUCUGAUGAACAGUAUUUUACCUGCCUCCUUGUUGUCAGUGUGAGGACUGCUCAUUUAGUUGAAUGGAUUUCAUUAAAAAUAUCUGGGUCUUCAAAGUGUAGCCUUUCACAGUAGAAUUAAACAUUCUUUUAUACCUUUUAAAUCUUAGUAAUGUGGUGAAUUUAAUGUAAAAUCUUAUAGAUUUAAAUGUUUCUCCAUGUGUAUAAAAAAAGGGGUCACACGUUCCCAAGUGGAACUGCUAACUCUAGACAAUCAACUGUCUGAACACCACAGAAAUGUCAUUUAAGCAGACCUGAGCAAGCCUGUAUCAUCAUUCCUGUGCUGGGCCUAAUGCAGUGAUGCACGUCAGCAGAGCUUUUGAGGGGUGUACAUUACAGAGCAGCUUAGCCAGGAGACAUGAUCCUGUUGAGCCCAGAACUGCAGCUGAAGAGUAUAACUGGCAUUAUCCUUCUGUCAGGUGGAUGGAGUUGGCAUGUAUGCACUGGGCUUUGCAGGAGACUCUUCUCUGGAACUUUCAGGUACUUGCAAGUUAUGGGUUUCCAGCCUCAAGAUUCCUCUCCCAGAUGAUGCUGGUUUAGCAGAAUGGUGCUGUGUGGCCUGCAGAGUAUUAAGAAAGCAGUGGAGCUGGCAGGGAUUUUAUUAUCAGAGUACACACCCUGCCUUGGGAUGGAUUAAUGAUGCCACACAAAUGGAAAUGGCAAAAUAUGGGUCAAAUAUUGGGGCAUUAACAGCAGGUAAUAUGUGUUACAUAGUGCUAAUUGCUGAACCAUUGGCAAUCAGAAAACUUGCUACCCCUACUUUCAGUAAUGAUACACUUUUAAAAAUUCUUUAGCUUUUUUCUUUAUCUGUGGUCAAACUGACAGUAACAAGCUGCUCCUGGUUUGUUAGAAAGUAAGAUAUAGUCAUUUAAAUACUGUUCUCUUGUGUGAGGCCUGUUGUAUUCAAGUAAGAUACACUACAGUGUUGUAGUAACUCUAAUUUACUUCUAGGUUAGUUAUAGUCUGCUUGCGUACUAUGUGGGACAAAAUAGCCUAAAAUAGCCUAUUCUUAUAUCAGACCUGGUUUUCUUGUCUGAAUGUUCAGUGAACAGCCAGCAGUCCUAUUAUUUUGGAACAAACUAUCUUUUU